UCGUCAUCGUCGCCAUCGCCGUCGUCACCGACAACCAGCCCUUCCCCGCCGUGUGGUUUCCAAGAUGCCCUGCCCAGAGACCAUCAUAUUCUGCCUGGACACCUCGGCCGAAGUCCAGACUGGUCAUUUCAAUCAAAUGACCUAUUGGGAGGCUAUCCGAGAGGACCUGAUGAUGUUUGUGCAUCAAAAGCACUCCUUCAGUCCAAACCACCAGUUCGGUAUCCUCAAUCUCGCUCUGGAGGUGUUCUGGGAACUCCAUCCCACCACGGAUAUCGAGAAAUUCAAUCAGGCGAUGCAGCUAUUACGGCCGUUUCCGGAGAGAAUCGCCCACUGCGACCUUAGCUCGUGUAUUACCUCCGUGAAAGAUCAUAUCCCCAAGACUUCACAGGAAGGAAUCCUUCGUAUCAUCGUUGUCUAUGCCAGAUCGAAAGCACCGACACUUGAAAGCCUGGAACAGUCUCCAGCGAUUCAGAAAUAUGACAAUGUUUUUGUCGACUAUCUGAUUUUGUGCAGCGAUAUAAAUGACCCUGAGGUAACUUCCAUCGACCUGGCUCUCAAUAGUUUACACAACCACUGGUCGUCUCGCACCGGAGAAGGGUACUGCUUCACAGCCUCAAAGCGCACGCAAGCUCAAUGGCGAGUGAUUUCGCUGCUGGCCCAUCCUGACCAGCGGCCAAAGGACCAGCUCAGUGACUAGCUUGGUAGUCGCGGAGGCAGCACAUCCGACGGCCAGGG